UGUGGGUUCUGUUUUCUUGGACAUUUCGUGAUUUCAGACCACAGUUUGGACACAGUUGUCAGCGUGAAACCGCAGCCCAGCACCACAGAUACCGCAGGUUUAAAGAGAGUGGGUGGUUUUGCAAAAGGAGGCAGGUGGAGGAAGCCGCUCCGUGUCGCUGCUGCCUGCUGCCUCUGCUGCCCUUCAUAUGAAACACAAUCCCUCUGGGGAGGAAGAAACUCCGCGUUGAGACCAGGCAGACAAACAUCAACUUAUUUCCUUAUCGCCCUACUGCAGGAAGCGAGGAGGAAGCCAUUCCUUAGUGGGAUUUAGCGCCUCACGUUUGAUAGGAGCGACAAACCAGGAGAGGAUUUAAAAAAAAAAAAAAAAAAAAAAUUUCCUGAACUGAAGGUGUUUCUGUAGGAGCGAGCUUGACAACCCGGUGAAUCGAGUUUACGGAGAAGUGUUCUCGUAUUUCACUUGUCUCUCAGCAGCAAGAGGACUUUUUUCCCGCUGCGGACAAAGCGGGGUUUUGACUCCGCUGACCACUAAUAUUUUAAGGACCUCACUUUUAACAUUAUUUUUUUCUAUAGCCUCUAAAUAAAGAAAAGGAGUUGCGCCUCAAGUCCGCUGCAAUGGGGGAGCAGCCGAUCUACACCACCAGGGCCCACGUGUUCCAAAUCGAUCCCAGCACCAAGAAGAACUGGGUUCCUGCCAGCAAGCAGGCCGUCACCGUCUCUUAUUUUUACGACAGCACACGCAACAGCUAUCGCAUUAUCAGCGUGGAUGGAUCCAAGGUUAUUAUCAACAGCACAAUCACACCCAACAUGACUUUCACUAAGACGUCCCAGAAGUUUGGCCAGUGGGCGGACAGCAGGGCCAACACAGUGUUCGGGCUGGGAUUUGCUUCAGAGCAACAGCUGUCAAAGUUUGCAGAGAAGUUCCAGGAAGUAAAAGACGCAGCAAAGUUGGCAAAGGACAAAUCGCAAGAAAAGGGGGACACGUUGAGCAACCACUCCCAGCAGGAGUCUGGACGGGAGACUCCUUCAGCAAACCAGGCGCAGAGCUUCAACGGGACGGAUGAUGAGAAAAUCUCCUUCAGUCCAGAGGCCGCUCAGCUGAAGAGCGAAAACGAACGCCUCAAAAGCGUCGUGGAGCAGAGCAACACCACCGCUAAGAAGUACGAAACGGAGCUUCAGACUUUAAAGGAAAGUAAUGCCAGACUGGUGGAUUCACUGCAGGAGUCUUCUGCUAAUGUGGAAAGCUGGAAGAAGGAGCUUACUGCCUGUCAAGAAGAGAGCAACACUCUGAGGAAAAAGAUUGCAGAACUGGAGUCCGAAUGCAACGAAGCCAAUCAGGAAAAGCAGAAAAACGCCCAGCUGACCGUCCGGGUGAAGGAGCUGGAGGCAGAGCUGCAGGAGAAGGAGCAGGAGUUGGAGAAUCUGAGGAGGCAGGCGGAGAUAAUCCCUCAGUUGAUGGGAGAGUGUGAGGGCAUCACUGCAAAACUGAAGGCAGCAGAAUCGCAGAACAAGGAGCUGGAGGGGAGACUCGAGGGACUUCAGAUGGACAUCAACGACAGUCGGCAGAAACAAGGAAACAUGAAGGGCGAGCUGAAGAAGUUCAUGGAUAUUCUGGAUGGAAAGCUGGAUGAGCUGCACGAGUUCAGACAAGGACUCUCCAAACUCGGUGUUGAUAACUGAGAGGAAGUGAGGCAGAGCUGAGAGGUCGGGCAUGAAGGAUUCACUAAAAAUGUCUCUUCAGGGCAGAAACUAUGCUGCACCUACAUCCCCCAAAGUGAUGUCUUCUCUGAAUCUAUCAGCUUUGGCUUGUAAUAAACACAACCUUGUGUG